UUGACUACCUAGAAGAAAUUCCUCUUCUUCCACACCAUAGCCUUCACCACCAGUACUAGUGUUUUUAUAAAUAAACUCACAAAGUCUCUAUCUUUCUGACCUCUCUUACACACACACGCAACAAAGAAAAGAAAAGAAAAGAAAAGAAAAGAAAAGAAAGGAUGAUUUUGAUCAAUUGGGUUCAAGUCUUGCCUUAUGUUUUAUUGUAUUUGCUGAAUCAAUGGUUUGUCCAUGUCUUCAACAUUGAGCUGAGCACCUUUUACCCCUUCAAACCAAAGGAAGCCAACAUCUUGUUCUUAGGCCAGGAUAUGAUCUACAAACAGUCUGUGAUUUUGAGCCUCUCAGAUUUGAGGCAGAGCAUAUCUAGAAAUGAGAUGUCAUCAAAUACUACACGAGCGCCGUAUUUGACAUCAUGGGUAUCUUGUAUUGGGAAAAUCAAGUUUAACUUUUAUGAUUUAGGAAGCCACUGGAUAGCUCGUAGAGUUUGGAGAGACUACUCUGCCAAGAUGGAUGCAGUUGUGUACAUUGUGAAUGCUAAUACCAAGACCAGAGAGCAAUUUUCAGGGCCAAGAGAAGAGCUGCAAUUUUCAGUGCCAAGCAAAGAGCUGAACGCUCUACUUUCUGAUGAGGCCUUUGCAAAUGUCCCAUUUCUUAUUUUUUUCAUAACUGCUGAACCUUCUUCUUGCCCAGAAGAGGAAUUGUGUUCCCUCUUGGACCUGACCAACAUCACCACAGGGAAGGGUAGGGUAGACCUGGCAGUCGCAAAUGCCCGCCCCCUUGAGGUUUUUGUGGCUGAAUCAUACAACAAAAAGCAGUAUCUGGAUGGUUUCAAGUGGCUUUCUAAGUACAUUAAGUAGUAGGCAUUACAAGUGAAGAUUUCACAUCUUAUUUCAAGUGGAGAUGCUGGGCGCUCUGCCAGUUCAAUUCUUGACUAUGCGAGUUGAUCGCCUGCUAUAACAACUACCACAUGAGAUCCAUCUGGUUUAGGUGAGUUGAUCACCUGCUAUAAGAAGUAGUAGCACAUGAUAUCCAUCUGGUUUAGGUGAAGGGACUUGAAGUAAUGCAAAAGAUUGAAAUCCGUUUGGAGAGGACAAUCACUGAGCAUACUUGGGAGUUCUUCUGUGUCUCCAUUUGGGAAGCUUGAGAUUGAUGUUGAAGCAAGUGCCUCCUUCAGCAGGCUCUUUACCAACAAUACUUAUAUCUCUACCCUUUAGACACACCUAGAGCACAGAUGCUAUAACUUUUACUAAUUAAAUGCUUAUGUAUCUGCUUAAAAGCAAUAAUAUACUUCAUCAUUUCCCAAA